GAACUGCACAACAGCAGAGCCACACUGAUGUUUGCUCAGGUGGAAGCUGGAUGCCUAAGUGAUCUACUCACUGAUGGCUUCACAAAUUAUCAACUUUAUGUUAUAGGACAAAGGCCAUGACUUUGUGAAAGCCUGAGGUGAAGUUUGUAGAUGAAUACAGAUAAUCUACAGAAACAGACAGGGAAUUUUCUCUGCAAGGCUACAAAUCAGGUGCUGUAGAAUAAGACUCAUCACCAUGAUAUCGUCUAUCCUGUUUUUGGGACUUACUGCCAUCAUUGGCACUUCUAGGGGCUUGUACCCUUUAACGCACUCAAUGAACCCUCACUUACAUCCUCGUCUAUACCAUGGCUGCUAUGGUGACAUCUUAACCAUGGAGACCUCAGGGGCCCCCUGUGACAUAACCAGGUUGAUUAACUGUGGAAUUCGUGGUUCUGAAAUGUUUGCUGAGAUGGAUUUGAGGGCCAUUAAGCCUUAUCAGACUCUGAUCAAAGAAGUUGGACUAAGGUAUUGUGUGGACCCUGCUCUCAUUGCUGCUAUCAUCUCCAGAGAAAGCCAUGGAGGAACUGUCUUACAAAAUGGCUGGGACCAUAAAGGACAUAGAUUUGGCUUGAUGCAGAUUGAUAAACAAACCCAUAAACCUGUUGGUGCCUGGGACAGCAAGGAACACCUUUUGCAGGGUGUUGGGAUUCUAACAGACAGGAUUAAGAUGAUCCAGAAAAAAUUCCCUACAUGGAAUGUGUCUCAACACCUCAAAGGUGGUCUCUCAGCCUUUAAGUCAGGAACUGAUGCCAUUAUCACCCCCAUGGACAUAGACUCUGAUUUUGUUGAUGAUCUUCUCGCCCGAGCUAAAUUCUAUAAAAGACAUGGCUUCUAGGCUGUGUGAAUGGGUCAGGUUGACAAGUGCUCAAAUGGCCCCUGUUUGCGGGUUUGACACAGAUAUAUUAUAUUCAACACUGGCAAAGGGACAACUGCAAUUAUGACAGAAAAAUGUAUUUACUGAUUAUCUUUUUUUUUUUUGCCACCAGAUUUAUUGUUAGGGCUCAGUGUCUGCUAUUACCAGUGUCCUGUUUUGCUUUGUUUUGUUUUUCUUAUAGAGACAGAGAGAAAUAGGGAGGGAAAGAGAGAAAGAGACAUACCUGCUUUACUGCACCACUGCUCAUAAAACUUCUACCAUGGAA